AUGACUGUUCGAUUGCUCGUUGUUCGUCGUACGAUGAGCGUUAUUCAGCUGCACUUUCAGUCGGGUUGUUCUUCUCGUGAGGACCUGCUCUCAGAGCAAGCGCCCUCGCGUGCUACUGUUCGCGAAAUCCCCGUGCUUCGAUCAUCGUCCUCUGCUCCCACUAGCGUGCUCGACUACAAAAUGCCAAGCAUGAGUGCAUGUCAUCAUGGGGAGGUGCAGGACGAAUAUUAUCGACGAGAAGUAAUGACGAGAACAGUAAUCACACGAAGCACAGAAGCUUUAUCGCAACAGUGCAAAUCUUUAACUUUUCUCAUCAAUGUCGCUGUUAUGGUUGAUUUUCAGCCUCCAUUAGGACGCUCUUCACCCAUACAACGUUAUAUCGCCUAUCCUGAUACCAAUACUCGGGAGCAGAGAACGGUAGAUUAUAAAGUCGUUUACCAUCACGAUAUUGAAGAGCAAGAACGAAAGGUACGCGAGCAACAAGAAAAAAGAAGAAGAGAGGAAGACGAGAGGAGACGAAGAGAGGAAGACAGUCGUCGUGCAUGGGAAGAGCACGAACGAGAGCUUCUCGAGCGUAUAAGACUGGAUCGAGAGCGCAAAGAAAAAGAUCUGGAACAUUCCAUCUCGGAAAAGGAAAGGGUUGAAAAGGAGCGCAUAGAAAGGGUCCGUUUAGAAAGAGAAAGGAUAGAAAUGCAAAGGCGUGCUGAAUGGGAAAGAAGAGAGAACGAGAUUCGUGGUUUAGAAGAAGAGGAAUUGGCCAGAACACGAUUAAUCGAAAAAGAGCGGCUUCGACGAGAACAAGCCGAAGAGGAAAGGAGGGAGCUACUUCGCCUCGAAAGAGAAAGAGAACGACUGGAACGGGAAAGGCUUGAGGAAGAAAGAAGAGAAAAGGAGAGGCUCGAGCGUAUCGAGAGGGAGAGAAUAGAAAUUGAGAGAAUUGAACGCAUUAAAAGAGAACGAAUUGAAAGGGAACAAAGGGAAAAAGAAAAAGAGCGAGAAGAACAAGAGAGGUUGCGCAAGGAACGAGAAGAGCUUGAGCGGUUAGAGAGGGAGAGAAUAGAGCUUCAAAUUCGUGAAAAAGAGAUGUUAGACCUUCAACAUAUAGAGGCAAUGGAACGCGAGAAGCAGCGACUGAUAGACGAAGCACGGGAAACUCGAAGAAGAGAGGAGGAACGUAGAGAAGCAGAUCUUCUAGCUGAUAUUCAGAGACAAGCAGAAGAACGGGAGCGAUUACGAAGGCAGCAGGAAAGGGAGGAAAAGGAGCGGUUGGAACGCAUUCGUCGGGAGCAACAGCGCGUGGAGAUGGAAAGAGCAGAAGCGGCAAGACGAGAAAGAGAAAGGCUAGAGGACGAAAGAAGAGAAAAGGAGCUUCUCGAUGCUCAGUUAAGGAAGAAGGAACAAAGGGAACGUGAGAGACGGGAGGAUAUUGAAAGAGAGGCAAGGUUACAAGAAGAGGAAUUGAGGGAAAAAACGCGCAGAGAUGCAGAACGAAGGGCAGCUUCGGAGAGGGAAAGAAAACGCAGGGAAGAAGAAGAAAAGGAGAGACUUCGUGUAUAUGAAUUGGAGAGAGCUGCUGCAAACCGCGAAAUGCAGCGGAAACUUGAUUUGGAAAGGGAAAAACAGAGGGAAGAACUUGAUCGUAAAGCAAACGAGAUUGCUGAAAUGGAAAGGAAAGCUAAUGAGCGACGGGAGAUUGAAAGGCUCGAGGAGGAACGAAGCCUGGCGGAGCUUCGUGAAAAGGAGCGAAGAAACCAAGAGAUAAGGGAUCGUGAAAGAAGGGAAGCAGAAGAACGCGCUGCAGCGCGUCAAAGAGAAGAUAGACGCUCACGUGAUAAACUCGAUCUUAUUGUACGGGAGAGAACGGAAAAAGAGCGUUUCGAAGCUGAGAAACGACGCCUAAUAGCUGAAAAAGAAGCCAUGAGUAAGAAGAAACAAUACCUCACAUCGAGUGAAACACUGCAGAAGUUAACAAGGCCGCCCUAUUUCUCUCGAGAAAAUCUUUCAAAUCCAGAGUUCACAACGAAAGUUGAACGACAGGUGAUUGAACGUGUGGAUCGUAAUAUAUGGGUGGAUGAUGUACGAAUUCCAUCUCAACAGACAGUUUCUUAUUCUCUGGAUUCCACUAACGAGGAGAAUGUCCGUGAUAGAAUUUACAAUCCCAACGAGCUCAACAGAAAUGGAUCCACACGAACUAGCCGUUAUCGUGCGAAAAUGGAGAAAGCCCGACGUGAAUUCAUCGCCGGUGCUCCGGAAACUAGUGAUCCCGUGGCGGAACGCUUCCGAAAAUCGCAGGAGGAUGUAGCUGGAAGGGUUCGACCGGAAUAUCGUGGUCCCUUGCCUCAAAAAUUCAAUGGUGGUGAAUUGAAAUCAAAGACCGACAUUGUUAGCAUUCCCUAUCCGAGGGUAGGACCUAGUCCCUAUAGCCAAGAGUUCGAGCGUCUCCUGGAAGAAACAGAGCGAAAAUACGCGGCUUAUCGUAUGAGGAUGUCACAUCCGAACCUCUAUAGUAGGUCACGAAAUUGGAGCACAAAUUUUCUCGAGACUGAUGUCGAUACCGGGAAACUGGAACGCACAUCAACAACUAAAGAGGUUGAGGAGACAAAUUUGGAUGAUGUGCACCAGCGAUCUGGGUCAGCUUUCGACUAUCACCGUCAAAGCAGACGUGAUCAAGCUGAGGAAAAUCCAGAUGCCGUUCACAUUAGAAGCCGCAGUGCCGAUUAUCUUAUGGACAAAAGAACACGCGAAGAAACAGUUCCUCCAGAGAACGAGCUGCAAAAAACGCUAGGUGAACCUACUACGAGGUCAUCGCAUCUUUCCGAUCAUGAGAUGCGCUUCUUAAAAUCUACCGAGAAACUCACCGUUCCUGAGUGGUACCGUGUAAGUCGCAUAACUGCUCGUCCCACGGACAUUGAUCUCACACUUCCGCGACCUGCUCAUCUCGUUCCUUUGCCAUCUGCUGCUGAAGAGCCACUUACGAAACAUCACUUCUCUCAAGAGCAGCGCUACGAACCGUUCAGCUACACUGCUGGCUAUCGAACAACUCCAACAACCUCCAUAGGCGUUGAGUUUCCAAAGGGGAUGUUCGAUCGGUAUAAGGACGAAAUCGAGGAUUUGCGGCGCUCGAGAUCCUCUCUUCACCACCUUGGACAGGACCAACGUCAGAUACAAAACGCAAAACUUCAUUUCAGGGAUUCAGGCCCGGUCUUCCACGGAGGAAAUCGUUUUCUCAGGAGUAACUCUCGUGUUGUCGAAGUGGCAGAUACAUUGUUAGGUUCCAAGCAGUCCGAAGAAAACCAAGAAAACGUCGCGUUACGCUACGGCGGUCGAGUAACGUUAGAAGAAGUGCUCGAUUCUAUCUUCCAACAGACAUCGCCCGCUACUGCUCCUCCAUUUGAUCCUAGCAUUCCUCAAGCAGAUGGAGCAUAUCAAAGAAAUAAAUCCGGUCCAGGAAUUUACUCGAAAAAUUAUAUGUUAAUGGAGCAAGUGAUGAGACAGCCAAACAAAGCGGAAUCACUACUUAAAUCUGAACAGCUAUUCGUGAGAUGCUCGUACUGUCACAAAACGAUGGAGCUAGCCAUGGCUCGACUGGAAUACGUCACCUGCAAGCACUGCUACACUUACUAUUGCUGCAAGAGCUGCAGAUUAAAAGAUUGGUCUAAACACAGCAGUGGAUGUUCAUUUUCACGAAUUAAUACGUUGUGUAAGGAUGUCAUUAUGAAGGUGAGAGAAGAUCCGUUGGCUCAAGGAAGCUUGUCACGACUAGCCAGAAGCGGUUACAUGAAUAGUGGACGAGGAAGCGUGAACAUUCGACUGCCGUCACCCCAAAUGGCCCAGGCAUAUGUGACUCAUGGAUGGAAUGCACUUUCAAUGAUUCCGGAACACCACCUUCUGCAUUACUACACCAUCGUCGCCCUGCUUAGAGAGCAGAAGGAGCCUUCACUCAUUGCUCUUUGCCGUCGCUACGAUCCAAGGGAAAAGUUCAUCCUGUCGGUGAGUAUCAUUGCCGACAUUGAACAUUGCCCACAAACUCCUCCACCGGAAACUGCGGAAUCGACUGCGGACGAUAAGCAGAAUGUCAUUCACACAAGUAAACCUCUCAUCGCUUCAUUACCGCUUGGAUUUUUCGGACCAUUGUCGGUGGUGCCUACUGAUGUAUAA